AUGCUUGAUUUAUCAGAUUUUGCAAAAAUGACAAACUCUGAUUCAGAGGAUGAAGAUAAUAAAAAAGAAAAUAUUAUAACAGAACAAGUAUUUGAAGAGAAAUUAAUAGAAGUACAUGGAGAGAAAAUCAAAAUUAGAGAGUUUGCCUACAGUAAUACAAAUGCAGGUGUAAUUUGGCCAUCUACUUAUACUUUAAUUGAUUAUUUAUUAUUAAAUCAAGAAAGAUUUAAAAAUAAGAAAAUCAUUGAAUUAGGAUCAGCAACUGGUGUAUUAUCAAUUUUCUUAAAUAAAAAAGGUUACAAUGUAACUUCAUCCGAUUAUAAUGCUGAUGAAAUCACUGAAAAUAUAAAUUUUAAUAAAUCUUUAAAUAAUAUAGAAUUUAAACAUAUUCCUCACACAUGGGGCGAUACAUUUAAAGAAGAAGAUAAAGAUUUUGAAAUUGUAAUUGCAAGUGAUAUUUUAUUAUAUGUUCAAUAUUUUGAAAAAUUAAUGAUAACCUUAAGACAAUUAAUGGAUAAUAAAAAAGAUAGUUUUAUGUUAAUGGCAUAUGGUAGAAAAUUAUAUGAUUCAAAAAAGUUUUUUGUUUUAUUAGAAGAAAAUGAUUUUGAAUAUGAAUUGGUUGGUUCUAAAACAUGGAUUAUAAAAAAGAAACAAUAA